UGGAUUUAGAUAAGGAUUAUCGCUGUUAUAGUGGUUUCACAGCUAUGUGAAAUAAGAAAACGCCAGAGGAUUAGUGACGCACAUCAAGUGGAGCGAAAUAGCAAAACAGAGUGAGAGCGCGAGACACGGCUCGCCUCAGAGAUGAAAGAGAUGCUUGUUGCGACUGCUCGUUUUUGUGAAGAAUGUCUUAAAACCUGAGGAGAUCUAAAGCUCUGCAAUACAUUCGCACCGCUGAUUUAACAUGCUUUAAUUUGGUUAUUCUUCGCAUCUAAAUGGUUUUAGCUGAAGGUUCCCCGAAGUCUUUGAGCCAUAAGAGCUCAGAGUACAUUCUGCCACAAGUACUUGUGUCAUCAAAGGAUAUAGUUCCACUUUCGUGUUGUCACCUAAUCCUUUCAUAGGUAAACAACAGGACAUUUUGCCUAAGGAAUUUUUAACCAGAAUGUAAAUAAGGAAUCAGUGGGAGAGCUUUCAUGAGACUGAAGCUCUUGGAAAAGGUCUCUGCCAUUUUUGUUCUUGUCGAAACAAUGGCAGCGUGAUACCGGAGAACCAGCUAUUUGAGCUAUCCUUCAAGGAGGGUGACAUGGCAAAGCCCUUCUACAGACUUCAACGCUUCUUGCGACGGACUCAGAUGUUCCUUUUGUUCCUCGGUGUAGCCUAUAUUAUGGCAGGAAGUGUCCUCCUUCUCCAGAGGCAUGGGUUGGUUGUGUCACAACGUGGGACGAGCAGUUAUUUCCCAUUGCCGUCUUUGCAGUCUCCUCCCAGGGCCAUGGAGGCCCCUGCCUUCCGUUCUGGAUAUGGCAUUAUGGGACCUCGCCCUCGUAGCGUUAAGGGGAUGGGAUACGAGGACAAUGUUGGACCACAGUGGUUAAUAUCACGAAACCAGGAGAUCCGACACUUGAGGCGACGCUGGUUCCACAGUCUUAUGUCUGAAAAGGAAGUGUCCAGAGUGGAGAAAGUAACUCCAAAGAGAAAAAUCAGACACAAAGGCACAUACGUUGGAUGCUUUCUGGAUGAUGCCAAGGACCGUGCCCUAAAAGGGAUGGUGUUCUAUGACUUUCGGAAAAUGACCAUCACCUUGUGUCAGGACACCUGCACGGAAAGCGGGUACCAGUUUGCUGGCCUUGAAUAUGGGUCUGAGUGUUACUGUGGCAACCGCAUCACAAGUGCUCGGAUGAAAGAGGAGGAGUGUAAUUUGGACUGCAAAGGGGAGAAAGGCUCCAUCUGUGGAGGUGUGUCCCGUCUGUCCGUUUACAAGGUGGAGGAGGUUCUUCCUGGCCAGCGGAGAUACAGGAAUGUGCGCUACCGGGGGUGCUUCAAACAACCUGACAACACAACUGCAGCUUCCCUGGUCCAUGUUGUCCAGCCCAACCUUACUUCCCAUUGGUGCACUGAGACCUGCAUGGAUCAGGAGUUUCCUCUGGCCAUGAUCAGGAAGCCAGACUGUUACUGUGGUUAUUCCACCCCUCACUUCACUCUUCAUGAUCCGGUGAAAGAGCAGUUCUGUGCUCUGGGCAACAUCAGUUUGAAUAUCAGGAGUUCCCAGCAGCUCUUUCUCCAGGUCUACCAGACACCCGUUCAGGACUCCAGAUGCACAGAGAAGAAGUUUCUGCCGGAGAAGUCGAGCUCUCUGGUGGCUUUAUCCAGUUUUCCUGGUGCUGGGAACACCUGGGUGAGGCACCUGAUCGAGCUUGCAACAGGCUACUACACAGGCAGUUACUACUUUGAUGGCACCCUCUACAACAGAGGCUUUAAGGGUGAGAAAGAUUACUGGAAGAGUGGACGAACCAUCUGUGUGAAAACACACGAGAGCAGUCAGCGGGAUAUAGAGAUGUAUGACUCAGCAAUCCUGUUGAUAAGAAACCCCUACCAUUCACUAAUGGCUGAGUUCAACCGCAAAUGUGCCGGGCAUCUCGGUUAUGCUUCUGAUCAGCAUUGGAAGAGCAAAGAUUGGCCAGAAUUUGUUGGUAGUUAUGCAUCCUGGUGGGCUUCACAUGUAUUGGACUGGCUGCGUUAUGGAAAGAGACUGCUGGUGGUGCAUUAUGAGGAGUUGCAAGAGUCACUGGUGCCUACACUGCAAUCCAUCACUUCUUUCCUCAAUGCAAGUGUCAGUGCAGAACGCCUCCUCUGUGCUGAAUGUAACAAGGAUGGCCACUUUAAACGCACAGGUGCACGACGGCCCACCUUUGACCCUUUCACCCCAGAUAUGAAACGGUUGAUUGAUGGUUACAUCAGUGCCGUAAGCCAGGCUCUCAAAGCCAGCAAGCAUACCUGCUUGCCGCAGGAGUACCUUCCAAGAUGAUAAGUCCAGAACUAGUGCAGCACUCAUAGCCUCAAGGCCCGGCACCUAAAACUGUGAUGUCUAGGAUUACCAACCAUUGGAGAUAUUUAAAAUCUCCUAACAAUGUAAUUCCUCUCAAAGUGUGGUGGAAAAUAAUGGCAUAUGAUGCCAUUCAUUACACUGUAAGUAGUAGUUCAACAUGGUGAAAUACUGUGAUGAAUAAUUAUAGACAUUAGAUCUGACAAUGGCAAACUGGGACUCUAAAUGAACAUCUCUAGUUGAAGGCUAUAUUUAAGUUGUUUAGGACUUUCUCUACGCAUAUAGGAAGAACUUUAAGUCUACUUGAAACUGCAUUUGUUUUCAUUUUACAUCAUAAUGUCACGUGUUUUGAGAGAUUUAUAGUUCAACAAGAAAAAUGUAGGCCAUGACUUGAUUUUAUCCACUGGGAAUUCAUUGGAUUGUAGAAAGUGAGCGUUACAUACAGUGCCAGUAUUGAACCAAGCAAUUUGAAGUCAAAAGGUUUAGAAAAACAACAACAACAGAUAAUUAAGAAAUGUAGUUUCAGAAGUUUUUGAUGAUAUAAAGAUUUAAUUGUUUACAAUACAACCAAAAACAUGCAUUAAUUAAAUAGGGUCAAUUUUGAGUGUCGUCAAAAGUAACAGUACUUUGGUCGGUACUAAAGUCGGUACUAAAAUAAAAAAGAUGUACCGAUACCAGUGAUUCUACAGUACUGGUAGUACCGAGCGCUGAAUUAAUUCAGUUCCCACACAGUGUCUUACUGACACAUGACUGUUUUCAAAUGCUCACAUGCUUAUAUGUGCGAGUGCUCUGUUGCACCUUUUACACUGAAAUGCACAACUACUCAAAUUAAAAUCAUGAUAUGUACUAGUAUGAUUAUUUAACCACGACAUACUGCAAUCUUAGUCUGUAUGAGCUGCUUGAGCUUUAAAUGAAUGUGUGAAGCAGACCGCUCAUACACUGGAAACCCCACAGACUAUGAGAAUCAUUCAUGUUGUAUGAGAGAUGACAGAGCAGAGCACUAAACCACUCUGAAGUGUUAUUUUUAUAUCAUUUAAAUAAUUAAAUCACAGCAUUUGAGCUUUAACGAUUGCACUGGGCCAUGUAGCAAACUAUUUAUCCGGAGAAGUUAAACUUCCGUCAAAAAUACACGUCAAAAUAAAAGUACGAUUCAUAAUAAAAGCUAAAUGCCUGAAAUUGAAGAAAUUGCAUCUGAAAUAAAUUAAAAACUAUAUGGUACAAUGUAAUCCUUACUGUAGAAAUAAUUAUAAUAAUAAUAUUGAAUAAUGAUUAAUGAAAAAUUAUUAUAAUAAUAAUAAAGAUUAAGCAAUAUGUCACAAGCAAAAGGGCUUUUGUACUGAAUAAAUGUUUGUUAAAAAAUGCAAUGGUAUAUUGAAAUGUAAUUGUUCUAUUUUUUUAAUUGUUAAAAGUUUAAGGAAAAGUUUCUGAUUAGACGCCAUUUUGAUAAUGACAGUAAAUUAAACAUUAAAACAUGGAAUUCUGGAAAAUGUUAUUUAAAAAAAAAGGGAAUAAAAAGAUUUGGCGAAAAAAUAAAACAGAUUUCAGUAGGGCCCUGCUUAAAAACAAACAUGCAUAUCUUUUAAUUUAUUACUAAGCAAAUUAACUUUAGGCUAAAGGAGUGUGUUUCUGUGGUAACAAGAACUGUGAAAUUUCACUGGGAUCGGUACUGACUACUGAAAUUUUAGUACCAUGACAACAUUUAUGUUGGCUUUAAAUGCUUAACACUUCAUCUACAUGAGUUUUAGUGCAAAACAGAUGUUGCUAAUUAAUUUGAUAUGACCAGUUAGAUAGUGACAGAUUUCUCUGAGAUAUUAGAGUUUACAACAUUAAAUGUUAGAAUAACAAUAUUACCAUUUCAGUAUUGUUGUAAACAGUGACUGUUUUCUAUAUAGGAACAGAUUUGAACUCUAAUUGUAUGAUGCAGAAUGUUUCAGAUUAUUUACAAGGCUGAUAAACACCAGGAUGGUUGUAACCUGUUAACAUAAUACUUAGUUCUAUCAGGAAGACUUGCAGACUUGAGUGAAAUUUAAGGUUACAUUUAUUUGAUGAAUAUAAAACAGAAAAGUAAUGUCUCUCUUUGGCAGUCCGAAGAAGUUGUUUUCGGAACCGUCAUAUCCUGCCAGAGGUAAGAGGCAGGGGCCUGGAGCCUACCCCCGUGCAGGACUCAACUAGUGGUGGUGGGGUGGUGGAGGUUGCUGUGUUAGCACACUGAAACAAUGUAAUAGAUUGUGAGCAUACUUAUAAAGCAACGGCUUGCAUGUGAUUGGCUGGGCAUUACCUAGCUAAUGGUGCGAUUAUGUACAGCUGCUAGUCUUCCCGCUAGAACUACGCUGCGCUUACAUUUCUGGGAAAUGUCAUGGGGUAGCAGAUUGAAUAAGCCACAUUUCCUUUGUAAACAUUCACAGAAGACCCCCCAUCCUGCUAGCUUCCUUCAAACAUGGAAAGGAAGGUUUUUUUGGCUGGACUAGAUAAGAUUUGUCUAGAAGAAUGAUGCUAGCCUGAUGCUAAUCCUCCCAGUGCUGAUUAGCACACCACUAGCAUGCUCCAGAUGUGUCUGAUUAAGAGCUGGUGUAAUACUACAUUACACAUUUUUGAACUGGGAUCAUCUGCAAAUUAAGACAAUGUCACUGUAGGGCUGGUAGCAGGAUUCCCACAAGGGUCUAAUUUAUUUAAAAAGACACAAAAGAUCUAUCAGUUUGUAUGAUAUAAUAUAGGCUAAUGAAAAUUAUAUUCAAAGAAUAUUUCCAUCUUAUUGUAAUAAUUUCACAAGGCGAGUAUUGAUAUUCAAUUUUUUUUUUAUUCUUCUUUUAUAAAUGUUUGCCAAUAAGUCAGCCUGAAGCAUUUAAAUAAAUAGUCCCGAACCUGUUGAUCCAGUUCACAAAACUAAUUUGGUUCUUGAGUUCUACUCACUGACUCAAUGAUCUGGUCACAGUUCACUGGAGGGGAAGAUGGAGUUUUUUCAUUUAACCAUUUAACCACUUUAACUGCCUUUGCACUGCAAGGAUGAUUGCAAAGAUUAUGCAUUAGUGUUGUUUCAGAUUUAUCGAAUUUACAAUUAAUUAAAUUAUUCUUUGAAACAGAUCAAAAGCCUAAAACCUGAGCAUAUCUAAAACAUUUUUAACUAUUCAUUUGCUGCCUGGGAAGCAUUGGCAUUUCCUACAGGUAAUGCAAAUAUAAUUUUUGAGUUUGAUCCACCAGUCCUCAUGUUUACUUUAUAAUUUAUUUACUUUUUAAGUUGUAAAUAAAUUUAUUUGGCAAUCAUAUUUUUUGCCCAGUUCUGUAUUAUGGAAUAGAUUCAUCAGUGAUCUCAACACAAAUUUGAAUAAUGUGAGCCAUAUAUCAGGUUUAAUGAAAUAAAAAUGCAAUAGGUUGGCCUCUACAGCUUUCCCCCUUAAUUGUCCAAAAAAAUGGAUUCAGCAAGUCUAUGCCUUGGAGAGUAGAAUGAUGUGUGCCCUGUAUGAAUUAUAAAUAAAUUCUAUUGCGCCUCCAAUGUGAUUUCCUGCAGGCUUGGUGCUGAGGUCAUUGAGUCUUGCCUGGAGAACUGUGACAGAUUAAUGUCUAAAUGAAAAGGACUUUUAUUUCCAUGCUUAAGUUGAAGAUUGCUACAGUAUAUGGUAUACAUGCGCAACAUCAAAGUAUGGUAGUGUGUGACUGCAUAUGUGUUGUGUAUGUAUGCACGUACACUUGUGCUUGUGUUCUAGUGCCUCAUUCUGUGGGGGAAAAAAAUGAUUUCUUCAUGAAUUCAUUAUGUUUGCCGAUUCUUCCACAGCAGGAAAUUAGUUCUUGUUUCUGCCAUCUUAAAACAAAGGAACAAGAACAAGAGGCAUAAUGUGCUAAAGUCUUUUGAUGUCAUUCAGACUUGGUGACUGAUAUUCAUUUGUGUGGAGCUAUUGAAAGGGGCCGGCCCCUCAAGGUUUUACUGCUAUUGUGAAAAACACUGAAUAAAAUUAAAUUAAU